UUGAAAACUCCUGAAAAAUCUCACAAGUAGAUGUUUAGCGUUGUGAGAGAGUUUUUAACUUAGGAUAAACUUGAUCGUUGUUGUUUCUAUAAAUCCAUUUGCUUCCAAAUGGCUCACAAAGAAAAAAUAUUGUUAACCUAUUUUGUAAAUUUUUUAAUAACAUUAAAUGUUAAAGGAGAACAAUGUGAUUUCAACAAAUUUAGACAGGAUAAGAUCGUGCCAAAUAUCAUACCUGAUGUUCCAAAGGAGCAAUUGCAAGUAAUGUAUGGCCCUCACAAUGUAAGCUGCGCUGAAAAUAUCGACCGGAUUGAAACAGAAUACUCUCCCGGCUUAACUUAUACUGCGAAGAACAAUUUAUUUUAUACCAUUGUUAUGAUUGAUCCAGAUGCUCCAGAUCCAUACAAACCAGUGUAUGCACAGUUUCUUCACUGGUUAGUCGUCAACAUCCCAGGCAAUAAAGUAGAAGAAGGAAAGGUUUUAACUAAAUACAUGAAGCCGAGUCCUCCACCUUAUUCUGAUCCUCAUCGAUAUAUUUUAAUCGUAUAUCAACAACGCUCAUAUAUAUUUAGCCCAUCCUAUAUGGACAUGAAGAAACGUUCUAGAUUCAGUGUCAAUGAUUUUGCCAAAAGCCUCGAUCUUUUUGGGCCCAUAGCUGGAAACUUUUUCUACACAAAAUAUUGAUGUUUGGAUAAGGCCCAAAAUUGGAAAAUAUUCGAGUAUCUUUUUUUAAAGAAUUUUGUCUCUGUUGUUAAAUAAAAUUGCUUUAGAGCAGU